GUUUGCAAGGCCGCAAAUUGAGUUGUGUUAUCAAGCAUAGAGUAUGGGGUGCACCACUUAUGAUGAGGGUAACACUUUAAGGCAGAAGAAAGGUCCAUGGGCUCCCGAGGAGGACCUUUUACUCAUUAAUUACAUACAAGCUCACGGUGAAGGGCGGUGGCGUACAUUGCCCCAUAAAGCAGGUUUGCAACGUUGUGCGAAAGGCUGCAGAUUGCGGUGGAUGAACUAUCUGCGUCCAAAUGUAAAACGGGGGAACAUAUCUUUGGACGAGGAAGAUCUCAUUAUUAGGCUGCAUAAGCUCCUUGGGAAUAGAUGGUCUUUGAUAGCAGGAAGGAUCCCCGGUCGAACAGACAAUGAAAUCAAGAAUUAUUGGAAUUCACAUUUGUGCAAGAAAAUCCCUUCCAUUGCCCUUCACCACAAGGCCCGCCAUUCCAAGAGACCCUCCUCUCUCUCAGAGCCCUCUUACAUCAAUCCAUUGCAGCCCUUUAAUAGACAGUUUCAAUGUAAUCCGGUGGAUUCUCUGGUGGGAAGUCAAAGAUGCAAGAACUUGAAUUCUUCAUGUCCAGCUGAUCUCAUCAGCUACAAUAUCUUCAAUGACAACAGCUUUCCCUGCAACUAUAUGAGCUCUUUGAUAGCUCAAUCGCAUUCAAAUGAGGAGAAUCCUCUGAAAAGCACCCAUUUCAAUAUUGGGGAUACUCCAAACUUUCAGAAAGAUAUAGUUACAAAGAAUGAAAUAUAUCAACAUCAGAGUAGCCCUCAUAAUGCAAUAGAUGCAAGCUUCACAAUCUCUUCGCAAUGCCAUAUUGAAUCUUUCAACAGUACAGUUGAUCAGAUGAAGGAAUUGUAUGGUGUGAGAGAUGAUCUUGAAUUUUCCAUGAUGGGAGAAAUAGAAGCAUCACAACAAGUACAAGGGUCUUUUAGAGAGAGAAAUGGGUGUAUAUUCUCUUUCAGGCCGAACAAUCAAUACUCACUAUUACCCUCACAGUAUGCUGGCGGUAGUAUUGAUGAUGGUGCUAAUCACCAAGGAAGAUGGAAUCAGUUCUCCGUUGGUUGUAAAAAUCUGGAGGAGACUACUCGGCUCACCUCAUAUGAUGGCCUUCUGUCUUCGUUAUUUGAGGAUUAUUCUACAAUUGGUUUUGGUGAGGCUGCAACUAUAAUGACCAGGGAUGAUAGUCUAGUGCCUAGGCAAUUACAACACAACUGAAAGGAGAUAGGCUUACAAUCCACUAGGGAUAACAGUAGGGUAAAGGCUUUGGAGAAUUUAAUUGUUUUCAGUUAGGAUUCAACGGAAGAUCUUUUAUUUUCUGUCGGCAUGUUCUACCAAAUGAAUCUUUACUUUGCAUAUGACUCAUUUGCAACAAUACUAUGUCAAACUUAACAUUUAUGUACAAAAUCUUGGGAAAAAAUCUUUAGCCUACUCCAUAGCCUUCUCAAUGUACUUGACUAGAUGAACUUCUACACAGUCUAAAAGUUUUAAAGAUUGGUGAUGUUUUCUGGGUUAUUGCUGUUUGGAUUCUCCCGGCUUUCUCUGGUGAUUUCUCCAUGUGGAAGAUGAAGAAGCUGCUGAGGACGGGUGGUCUCUUCCAGACCCCCUGACUCCGCUGAUGUAUGGGGUAAGAAGGAUGACAUGGAUCUACCUCCUUCUUAUGCCAAUGUUCUAGUUGGUUAGGCUUUUUUCUGACGGUUUUGGUUCUUCAGGCAUAGCCUGUGUUUGUUAAGCUAUUUUGAUAUUUUCAGGCUUGACUUGAG